GUCAGCAAUCAGUCUUCAGCUGUUGGUGAUCUCUCUGGCUGCAUUUUCAUCUUCACCUCACAUUUUCAGUACCACCUUGAAACCAACAAUGUCCACCUUCAUCAAAGUGUUUCUGCUCCUGGCUGUCAUGGUCUGCAUCUCCAAAGCCCAACUCAAACAAUCAGGACAGCAGUGUCUGUGUCAGCGCGUCAGGAAUCGUGUUGGCCAGAAGUCCGAAAUAAAGGACAUUCAGAUCUACCCAGCAACCAUCUUCUGCAACAAAGUGGAGAUUGUUGUCACCUUGAACAACAGCUAUCGCUACUGCUUGAACCCUAAGUUGAAGGCUGUGCAAAAACUCCUGUCUAACGUCAUGGAGAAGCAGAAUGCCACUUCUGCCCCGGAGAGCCUCACCACAGCUGCCAACUGACUCUCUUUUAAGCUAUUUGAAUAAAAAAGAACUUCUGAUGACCUCUGAACCCUCAGGAACAGCACCUUAAAGAAAAAUGAAAUGAUUGUAACCGUUAGUCUAUUUAAUAUUUUAUGUGCACUUAUACUGUAUCCUGUUUUUAUUCUUCUGUGUUUUGUAAAUAGAUAUGUGUCCUAAAGAUUUUUUUAAUAAAAUUUUUU